AUGUACACGACAGAGCGCAGGCGAAUGAGCCUGCACGGACUGAAGAGGAAAGACCCAGUUUGGGUGUCCGUUGAAAGUUUGUGGCAGGACUCUUUGCCAACAGACCUGAGCGCCAGCGGCUCCGGUAAACAGAUCGUUUCUCCGCGGAGUCGGACCAGAGCGCUAUCCGUGGCAUACGUAGUCAACGGGGACGCAUCAGUGCCACAGACUGAGGAGAACGUAUCCCUGAAAUGUCUGAACGAAGCCUGCGCGGACGCACACGCCGUUUUCAAAACCAUUUCGUUUGAGAGAGUAGCCUUAGGCGCCACAGAUAUCCUGGAUAGUUUCUACAACGCAGAUGUAGCAGUGGUGGAGAUGAGUGAUUCUUUCUGCCAGCCUUCACUUUUCUAUCACCUUGGAGUGAGAGAAAGCUUCAGCAUGACCAAUAACAUAAUCCUAUACUGUUACAAGCAAGACAGUGAUCUACAGGCUGUCAAGGAGCAGUGUGGAAGUUACACGUUCAUCCCUUACGUGGUGUCACCUCAGGGCAAAGCGUUUGCCUGUGAUGCUGCAAUGAUGGCUGGUAUCAAGGAGCUGAUGCAGCCUAGUUUCCAGCUGGAGCCCCUGUUGACUCUGCUAGUGGAGAGACUGGUGCAUCUGCUGAACAAUGUACACAUUCAGUCCAGUGAGUACUUCCGGGAGUCAAUCAGGCAUGAGAUUCGUAUGGCACGGGAGCGGUUCAGCGGCCAAGCCCUGAGUGAGGAGUUGGGCCGCAUCCAGAAACGCCUGGACAGUGUAGAGCUGCUCACCCCUGACAUAGUCAUGAACCUGCUGUUGUCCUACAGGGACAUUCAGGACUACGAUGCCAUAAUCAAACUGGUGGAGACUCUGGACGACCUGCCCACGUGUUUGGUAGCAGGACAUCACAAUAUCAAGUUUCAUUAUAUAUUUGCUCUAAACAGGAGGAAUAACCCUGGAGAUCGCAUUAGGGCCUUGGAGAAAAUUCUACCUAUGGUGGAGUCGGGGAGCGAGGUGGCGUCCGAUGUCUACUGCCUGUGUGGACGGAUCUACAAAGACAUGUUCAUGAGCUCUGGGUUCACUGAUGAGCACAGCAGAGACCAGGCCUGCUAUUGGUAUGGAAAAGCUUUUGAGACAGAGCCAACUCUUCACUCAGGCAUCAACAACGUGGUCCUCCUGAUGGCAGCUGGCCAUGAAUUUGAAACUUCUAUUGAGCUGCGCAAAAUUGGUGUGACUCUAAGCACCCUACUAGGUAGAAAGGGAAGUUUGGAGAAGAUGAAGGAUUACUGGGAUGUCGGCUUCUACCUUGGAGCAAACAUCCUCGCUAACGAACAUAGGAAAGUCAUCGAGGCCUCUGACAAACUCUACAGGCUCAAGGCCCCUACCUGGUUUAUGUCGUCCAUCAUGGAGACGUACAUCCUGUACCGUCAAGUUGCCAAGCCACCUGAGGUGAAAUCUCCUAAACAGGACACAGUGGAUUUCUGGAUGGAGCUACUUUUGCAGAGCUGUAAACCCACUGACUGUACAAGCCGCUGCCCAGUACUCAUUCUGGAGCCCAGUAAAGUCCUCCAACCAGCCAUUGUGAGUGUGAGCGAGGAGGACGAAAGUCGCACUGUCCAGUUGAAACACAUUGUACCCUUAACGAAAGGCUUACACCAGUGGACUUUCCCAGCGUCUGAAAUUCGGGGAGUGAGUGUUUCAAAGAUUGAUGAGCGGGACUGCUUCCUGUAUGUCCUCUACAACUCGGAUGUCUUCCAGCUCUGCUUCCCUUCUGAGGCUCACUGUAAAGGUUUCUGCGAGCUGGUAAACUCUCUGAUUCAGCAGGAAGAAGACCCUGCUCAGGACCUGGACUGUCUAACUGAGGAAAUACCAGAGUUCAUCUAUGAGACCAAUGAGAAUGGCGACAAGGUGGUUCUUGGUAAAGGGACGUACGGUGUGGUGUAUGCUGGGAGGGACCUGAGCAACCAAGUACGCAUCGCUAUCAAGGAAAUCCCUGAGAAGGACAGCACAUACUCACAGCCCCUCCAUGAGGAGAUCGCUCUGCACAAGAGGCUAAAACACAGAAAUAUUGUCCAGUAUCUGGGCUCUGUCAGCCAGGAUGGUUUCAUCAAGAUCUUCAUGGAGGAAGUACCUGGAGGAAGUUUGUCAUCUCUCCUGCGCUCCAAAUGGGGUCCUCUGAAAGAUAACGAAGCCACCAUCAUCUUCUACACCAAACAGAUCCUUGAGGGGCUCAAAUACCUUCAUGACAAUCAGAUAGUCCACAGAGACAUUAAGGGUGACAAUGUACUGAUUAACACUUAUAGUGGAGUGUUGAAGAUCUCUGACUUUGGAACCUCCAAACGAUUAGCAGGGAUCAACCCAUGUACUGAGACAUUUACUGGAACUCUCCAGUACAUGGCCCCAGAGAUUAUAGACCAAGGACCUCGGGGUUAUGGGAAGCCGGCUGAUAUCUGGUCCCUGGGGUGCACUAUUAUAGAAAUGGCAACAGGCAAACCACCAUUCCAUGAGCUGGGAAGUCCUCAGGCAGCCAUGUUCAAGGUGGGCAUGUUUAAGAUCCACCCCAAGGUUCCAGAGUGCAUGUCAGAUGAGGCCAAGGGCUUCAUAAUUACCUGUUUCGUGCCAAACCCAGACGACAGAGCCACAGCCGCACAGCUGCUGAAGGACACCUUCCUCAGGUCAUCCCCCAAGAAGAAGACCAAGGCCCUGCAGGAAUCACAACCUAAAGACUUCAUUUCUUCUGCUGACUAUCAACGCAGCCUGUCUGUACCCAUCUCCAUCCUUGUGGAGGACACUGAUUUGUACUCGGGUUCAGUCGACCUGUCCGGCUCCCUGGACCUCAGGAGGCCCCAGUCCACCCUCAGAGCAGAUGAAAACUCAGAGAGCACACCCAUCACUAGCAGUUUCCUGUCAAUACCAGACGACUCUACAUCAGACAUGAGCAGUCCAGCCUCAACAGAGGAGAAUCUUGGUCUUUUUAUGCUGAGAAAGGACAGUGAAAGGAGAGCCACACUGCACCGAGUCCUCACUGACUACAUCAGUCUUGUCGUCUGUAAUAUACAGGAAUCUGUGCCUCAGAAUGGUGAGGGAUCAUCGCUAACUGCAGAGCACAUCACCAAGCUCAUUAUCUGCUUGCGAGAAAACAUCCGCUCUCCAGACAGGAAGCAGUUGACCAGUCGCCUGUUGGACCUUCGAGCCACACUGCUCUCUGCUGCAGUAUCACCAAACAGCCUACAGGUGGUGCUGUUCAGCUUCCAAGAUGCAGUGAAGAAGGUGUUGAGGCAACAGCAAGUGAAACCUCACUGGAUGUUUGCUCUGGACAAUCUACUGAGACAGGCAGUCCAAUACGCAAUCACUGUGCUUCUACCAGAGCUGAAACUCCAGAUGCAGUCCUCAUUUGAGAUGGAGGACAGCACUCCUGAGGAUCUGUGUGCUGACCCAGACACUCCUGUAGUUCUUGUCCCUGACCAGCUGGAGGCGCCAGCAGACACGCAGCAGAUCCAUCCAACCAAAAAUGAGAUUCAGCCUACAGCAAGCCCCAACUACCCCACAGACCUUGUCCUCAGCACCAACUGUCCCCUCAGUGAGAAACUGAGAGACCUACGACUACAGACCAGAGGCCUGCUGAGUCAGCUGAAUGAGAAGGAGAGAGAGUACCAGGAGCUACUGAGGAACUAUGUCCAGAGGAAACAGGAACAGAUAGAUUCCCUGAGGAAUUCAGCAGUCACUCAUGAUGGUGAAUUGCCGUCACAGAAAAGCUCUCAUCCAGAAGUGAAGGCUUUGGUGCGCUGGCUCAAGUCAAUCCCUGUAGACCAAGACACAAUUCAUAAGUUGCUCUCUCAUAAGUUCACCUUGGACUGUCUACUCUACAUGGCCUCCAGGGAUGACUUGAUGUACUGUGGAAUAAGAGGUGGCAUGCUGUGUCGAAUCUGGGCAGCCAUCACAGCUCACAAGAAGACCCAGCUCAGCACACACAAUGAGGACAGCAAGAACACUCUUCUUUAAUUGCUGCUGAUGUUGUACAUCAAAGAACAGAUUUAUUGACAGGCUGGUCCUGUGUCCUCUGGAGGAAGUGAGGAAGCUGUGACCAUAUCUGACUUUGCAGGGAACUGAUGUAAAGCAGGAUAGAUAACAGGUUGAACUGUGAAUGUAUUUUCUAUUUUCUUUUCAAGAUACUGACCCCUUCUUACAGUUUUUGUGCAUAUUAAGGCAGAAUCUAACUGUAUAUUAACUUAGAUCUUGCCAGCAUUUAUUUUACAUUUUCUCAGAGCUUUGGCAAGUGAGAUUAUAAUUAUGCCUUAAUAAGUAGUAUCCUGUAGUAGUAGUACUGAUUUGUCUGCCAGCAAACGUGUUUAAAGCUAUUUUAAUGGUGCUUUCUGAUGAUGCUGUUUUACUGUGUAUUACAGAAAACAUAGCAGGACCUAACUUAUUAAGGGUAUACUAUAUUUAAGAUGAAUGUCUCUCUCAUUCGGGGUGGGGGGCACAUUAUUUGUACUGUAUAUCCUGUUAAAACUCAUUCUGAUAAUAAACAGGAACCUUAAAUCUUCUCA